GCUUCGCAGUCUGGCCGUUGUUCUCUUAUUUUAUUUGCGGUCGGGCCUCCCCCCGUUUAGUUUCUUUUCCCAUUCUCGUCUCCCCGGAUACCACGAUCACUCUUCUACCUGCAUAUAUUCUAAUCACUUCCAGUCAUUCCCUAAAGUCGGAGGCUGUUGACAAGGGCGCUUUGCCUCCGCUCAUCUCCGAUUGCCCGUGCCGAGUAUCGCCUUGCGCAGCACCCGCCCUCCCCUGGAAUCACCGACGAGCCCACUCGCGUACCGCCGCAAACAUGGCUAGGACUAAGCAAGCUAUGCCGGUGCAGAGGGCAACCUCUUCCGAAUACAUCAGCAAACACGACAGAUUUCCCAAGAACACCGCAGACAUGGCUGCCAAGGCCAAGCAGGAGGUGAAAGCGCUGGCACCAGGGCACAGAGAGGACUCGGGCUCCGGGAUGCUCCAGCUGCUGAUCUGCGUGGGAGGCAUCUACGCUUCCUUCAUCAGCUGGGCAUGGCUCCAAGAGGGCGUCACGACGACGCCUUACACCAACAGCGACGGCUCGACCGAGAUGUGGAAGUUCCCCGUCUUCCUCCUCACCGUCCAGUCGAUCCUGUCCUCCAUCACCGGCUCCCUGUACCUCUGGUGGUCCACGCCCCGCGGCCAGCCCGUCCCGCCCAUCAUCCCCACGAACCGCAUGCUCCCGUCGUUGCUCCUGGUCGCCUUCACGCAGGCGCUGGCCGCCCCCUUCGGCAUGGCCUCCCUCGCGCACGUCAACUACAUCACCUUCACGCUCGCCAAGUCGUGCAAGCUGCUGCCCGUCAUGUUCCUCCACGUCACGCUCUUCCGCCGGCGGUACCCUCUGCAGAAGUACCUGAUCGUCGCGGCCGUGACGGCCGGCGUGGCCGUCUUCACGCUGCACUCGGGCAGCAAGAAGCACAAGGGCGGCGCCGCGCCCUCGCACAGCGGCCAGACGGCCUGGGGCAUGCUCCUCCUCAGCAUCAACCUGCUCUUCGACGGGCUCACAAACAGCACCCAGGACUACAUCGUCUCCGAGUUCAGGCCCUACCGCGGCCCGCAGAUGAUGUGCGCCAACAACAUGAUGAGCUCGGUCCUCUCCGGCGCAUACCUCCUGCUCAGCCCCUACCUCGUCCAGACCGCCCUGGGCGAGUGGCUCGGCAUGGCAGACACCACCGGCGGCGGCGGCGAGCUGUACGCCGCGCUCGGGUUCCUGGCGCGCCACCCCGGCGCGUGGCGGCAUGUGAUCGGGUUCGGCCUCUGCGGCGCCGUCGGGCAGGUCUUUAUCUUCUACACAGUCGCCAACUUCGGGUCCGUCACCCUGGUCACCGUCACCGUCACCCGCAAGAUGCUUACCAUGAUCCUGUCCGUCGUGUACUACGGCCACAGCCUUAACACCAAGCAGUGGAUGGGUGUCGCCCUCGUGUUCGGCGGCAUCGGCUUCGAGGCGUACCUCAAGAGGAAGGCCGAGUCCAAGAAGGCCGCCGAGAGGGCCGCGAAGGCGAGGGAGGAGAAGGCGCAGUAAGACCGUUGGAAGCGCAUGCUGGUCUGGCACCGUAGUUGGCAGAGAAAUGGCGCGCGUCCAGUAUCUAGAGAAGAAAUCUUAGAGCUUAAAAGGAAUUUCUCGAGUUUUUGAACUGA